ACACUUUCCAUCUCUCAACAACAUCAUUCCUCUCUCUCUCUCUUACAAGUUACAACUUACAAUGGAGAAAACUCUAGCAACUCCUGACACUACUAGAUCUCUUUCACCGUCAUGCUCAGUGUCCGUUGAAUCACCUGCCGCUGGUUUUGAGCGCAGAACCAAACGGAGACUUUCGCAGACUAAGGCAAGCGUCUGUGUGUCCGGUGAAGUAGAUGAAGAUGAGGAAGAGGUAAAAGAGAAGAUUGAGGCGUUGCAGAGGAUUAUUCCAGGAGGAACGGCGCUUGGUGUGGACGCGCUCUUCGAAGAGACAGCUGGUUACAUAAUGUCUCUACAAUGUAAGAUCAAGACCAUUAAAGUCCUCACUUCAUUUCUCCAACGCUUAGAUAAACAAGAUAUGAAGUUCGGAGGUUGAAGAUAAUGAUGACACUCAAAGAUUGUUCUUCCUUUCGAUUAAAAAGUGUUUUUUUAUUCAGUUUAAUUUUAACUCUCUUAAUAUAUUCUUUUAGCUUCUAUAUAUGGGAAAAGAGAUCUCAGCACUUUUUUCUUUGAAAUCUUUUUCUUUAUGAAGACUUAAAAUCAAAGUUCUGAUUUAUUUAA